GGUUCUGGACAACGUCACGCUUUCUGUGUGACAGCGGGACUGGGGAAAAACGGCCGAUGACCUCAUCAUGUACGAUGUGAUUGCUGGGCUUCUUUGUGCAAUGAAACGGAGGAUGUCACCAUUGGGAGCCAGCUUUGGAAGUGGGCACAGCAGUGACAGCGCUGUCAUGGCAUCAGGAUCUCCAGAMGUGGCGACCAAUCAGGAGCCGGCUGAGGUUCAGGAGGAUUGCUCAGGAAAGAAGAAAUCAAAGUUCCAGACGUUCAAGAAAUUGUUUGCUCGGAAGAAAAGGAAAGAGCCGCAGAGCGCAGGAGUGGAGGAGGGCCUGAAGGGGAGCCAGUCGAGUGACAACGUCAGCAAAACGUCAGAGAACAACACGCUGACCCGAUCUGAGAAGGAGAAGGGUUCUGGGUCUAGGAUCAGUCUGGGCAACAAGGCCUUGUCACAUGACUCUGUUUUCGUCUCCGACUCAUCAGAAGCUAACGAGGGCCUCGGGGCGUCUCAGGACAGCAUUCACGGGAAAGUUAAAUCCCUGCAGGUAAAUAUCAACCAGGAAUUCAAUGUCAAAGACGAACUUGAAGUAGUGUAUAAUUAUAACCCCAAAAAAACAUCACGCGGUUUCCUUUCUCUUACGCYGAUAAGUGCUGGGAAAGUGAAGCUUCUGUCAAUAAGUUAUGUGGGAAACACUUUGCCGAAACCUUCCGUCUCCUUCCCCCGCCAGCUGUCCGGCAGAGCCGUGAGCCCCCCUGUGGUUCCCGGGRACUUCAGCCAGCCGGCCAGUCCCUUUGUCUGCCUGGACAACUCUGCUGCCAAGCACAAGCUGGGCUUGAGAAACAAGGCCUGCAACAGGAGGAAACCCGCCCGSCGCCUGGAGUUGAAAGCAGAAGGCGACUCUGAGGCGGAGGAGGAGGUGACGGUGUCUCUGACGGCAGCAGACGUUAUGGAGGAGCAGCAGACGGCAGAAGUCGAAAGUCAGGAUCAGCUGAAAGAGGAAACAGAAGUGGAGGAGGAGGACGAAGAGGACGAACCCCAAAAAGAUUCCUCCGCGUUCCCGCUCGGGGGUAACGAGGGAGAAGAUGAUGCGGAAGCGGAACAGGAUGUUUCUCACACCCCGGACACUUCCUGUCCUCCAGAGUCCGGUUUCUCUGAGGAGGAGGAGGAUGAUGAGGAAGAGCAGGACGCCUCGGUUGAUCGGUGCGCUCUCUCCUCCAGCUCCAGCUCCACAUCCUCCUCCUUGGACAGUCCCAGCGUCUCACCAGAGCCCCCUGCUGGUCAGAUGGAGCACCUGACUGGCCCUGCAGGAUUCUCCUGCGCCGUUCACUCUGAGAGUGACUCUUCACCGGGGGAAGAAGAAAACGUCGAGGAGGGGAGCUCGCUCUUGGAGGAGGUGCUGAGCUCCUUGAAGACCUCUCACUCGCCCGAUGUGGAGGUGAGCGGCGUUGUCAUGGAGACGGAGGAGACAGAGGAUGAGGCGGUGGAAGUUGACGAGAGGAAGGAAGAAGAGAAUCCCGCUGGUUGUGAGGGCCCCGCCUUGAGUCCUGACACGUCUGAUCGGACUGCCCAGGAGGAAGAGGAGGAGGAGGAAGAGGAACUUCCUCGGUCAUUACAGGAGGAAGAGGUCGCUGUAGAAGAAGAAAAAGAAGAAGAAGCAGCAAAAAUCAUAGAGGAAGAACCCGAGGAGGACAAAGUUUCGGAGCAAUUCAUUCAGCACAUUCAACACACUGAUGAGGAGGGAGAGGAAGUUGAAUCCGAGGAAAAAAACAAACAAACUAUCAACCAGGAAGAAGUGGAGGGAGAACGGGAUAGCGGCGAGGAAGACGAGGAGGUGGUAGAGGUAAAGGAGGAGCCAGAAGCUGUCGAUGAAAAAUGCCAGAACGAGGUGGAAGAAAGGGAGGAAGGAAGCUGUGUCGAGGUGGAGGAGGUGAGAGAUGAAGAAGAGGCAGAGGAGGAAGCUGGAGCUGAGGAUGAAGAGGAAAUGACGGAGGGGAUCCCUGACGCUGAAGACGAGGAGAAUCUGACUGCCUCGUCGAUUCAAGAGGAAGGUGAAGGAGAUUAUGCUGCCCCAGAGACGGAUGAUCAAAUACUUCCCGAAGGGAACGAAGAGCAGGAAGUUUUAAAUGAGAGCUCUGGAGCUGAGGAAGAGGAAGAACUCCAGGAUCUUAAAUCAGAAGACGUGGAAAGAAGUCCUGAUGGAAAUCAGAGUGGAGGCGACGUGGAAUUGGGAAAAGACGGAACAAGUCCCCUCAUGGAGGAAAAGGAAACUGAAGCUGAGGAAGAAGGUCGUCUUUCCUCCAGACGUCCUCCGCUGUUCCUGCCGGAGCCGCGCUCUGUUUCCUGUUCAGAUCAGAGUCCCACCAGUUCCCCCAGUAAGACCAGCACCUUACACAUCCAUCUGGCCUCCCCCACCUCAGAGAAACCCAGCUCUCCUCUCCAGCUCGCUGCUGUAACAGAGCCACUUUCCCCUGCAGAGGAACCCACAGAGUUUAACGUGACAGAGCGGAUAGAGGGUGCGAAAAAACCAGAAGAAGAAGAGGAAGAAGAGAAGCAAUCAGCGCCAGAACUAGGUGAUUCCUCCGGACAGGAAGYGCCAUCAACACCAACGGAUCAAAGCAAAGUCCGCUUCACCGUCGCCCCGGCGUGGCAGCGGCUGCAGAGCCACCCCGCCUCCCCGUCAGCCGCUCCGGCGCUCUGGGACAGGAGAGCCGAGGUGGAUGCAGUGGAACGGAAGGAACGGGACRUGAAAGCAGAACCCGGCAGCCCGGCCGAGGUGGAGGUGGAGGCGGAGGCGGCACCGAGUCCGGUCAGAGGGAGGAGUUCAGAGAGCUUCACCUCCAAACCGCAGAGCUACGCAGCGUCCGCUCCGGCUGAGGCCCAAACCGCAGCACCGGGGAGAACACCAGAGAGCGCUGCGGUGGCAGAGGCCAACCCAGACAGUCCGUUUGGGGUUCGGCUGAGGAAGACGUCGGCUCUGCUCCGGCUCGGCUCAGAAGAGGUCGAAUCAGAGCCUCAAGUCGAGUCGCCGACACAUCCGCCCUCCGCUACAGUUGAGUCACCCCAGCCAAUCAGCAACAAGCCCCCCGCGAGCCAUCCAAUCGGCAACAAACCCGCUCUGCCCAGGAAACCGGAGGUCCACGGAGAUGCCGGAGUCAAACCAAGACGCAUCUCAGAGCCGCCCGCAGCCCGAAGUGCGCCCGGCGGGCCUGAUCCCCCCAGCUGGAUCUCUGUGGCCAAACAGAAACAGAAGGUUUACAAAGAAACCCCACUUAAUGAAAUUACAGUCAAGAAGGAGGAACAGGAGAAGAAGCCGGCGUUGCCUCCAWGCAGGGAGCAGAGCAGCUUCAGCAAACCGCUUGAACCCACCAGCAGAGUGUCGGUAGAAAAGGAGACCAGAAGGACUUUCUCUGUUCCAACUCCGGUGCCGCCUCAGCCCCCGAAGCCCCCGCUCCAAAAGCCRCAGGCGCCCCCCACCCUAGCGAAACCCUCGYCCCAACUGGACUCUCCCCGCUCCUCCCCUACAAAGCCCCCGCCCGUUCUCUCCAAAACACCACCGGUCGCCUCGCCGAGGACUGUCCCAGAAAAGCCUGCCUCCCCGCAGCGGGGCUCGCCUCCUGCCGCUCUGCCCCAGAAUGAGCCCCCCUGGAUGGCGCUCGCCAAGAAGAAGGCCAAAGCCUGGAGCGAGAUGCCGCAGAUCGUCCAGUGACRGCUCCCGGUGCUCACGACCCAAAGAAAGUUUUUGCGGGCCAAAACGUAAAAACUCUAAAGCACCGCACUGCGUUUGCACGUUGUAUCGCCGGCUUCGGGCUUUCUGAUUGGUUUCUAACCUGCAGCCCUGUAGCUACAAACAGCUUUUUUUUGCUCUGCCUCCACAUGUUCUACAGCCACGUCUGUCUGAAUCGCAGAAGUAAAUGUAUCCAUAUUUCUCUCAGUCUCUAUUAUUAUGAAAUAAGGUGCCUAAACCAGACAAAUUUUCAGGAAACUACAACUGUAACUUUUAUCUAAAUUAAGAGUCAAACAUCAGCUAAGAACAUAGGAUCGUGGCAGAAGCCAUCCAGUUUGUAGAAGAGAAUCAGUCUGUUUCAUUCUACAGCGAGCGGACGUGUUCUGCAUUUCCCUUUCCUAGUGUGAGGUGGUUUUUUUUAUCUCUGUGACGAAGAAAGUCCUUCAGGAAGUUGCCUAACGUUUUCCCCAGAGACUAAACUAAUCACUGAUUGCUGCCUCAGCAGGUGUGCAGCGAUAAUGAAAGUGUAAACGCGCGCUCGUAACCGCAGGAUACGAGCACGCGUCCCGCAGACAGUUGAUAUCCAUAACAAAACAUCCUGUUCAGUACCGAACCCGAGCGGUCAGCAUCCUCCCGUCUCCGGGACCGAGCUUUGCUCACUUUUAUUUACGUUUUGUCUUACAGUAAUUAUUAAUGUUACACGUUUUAUUUUGCAUUGCCUUUGGAGAUUUUGUCUUGUACAUAAAGUGUACAGUUAUAAAAAGAAAUCAAGUGACACCA